AUGUCGCGCAAAGAAUUUCUGACGACACCGGGGCGCCAGAACGUCCUGGACUUUUCCACGCGCGAAGUCUUUCUACGCACUUCGACCACGUGCGGACGACCAUUUCAGAGCGCGACGGUGCGCGUCAGGGGUGACGAGACGACGCCCCUGUCACGAGCAGCCAAAGUGCCAUCAUCCAAGAGAGCCUUCCACACGUCCAACACGCUCUCUUCGAAAGACCCGUACGGCGCGCUUGGUGUGAACAAAUCUGCGUCCGCCUCGGAGAUCAAAAAGGCCUACUACGGCCUGGCGAAGAAGUACCACCCUGACACAAACAAAGAUCCGUCUGCCAAAGAAAAGUUUUCCGACAUCCAGUCUGCGUACGAGAUUCUGUCCGACCCCAAGAAAAAGGAGCAAUUCGAUACCUUUGGCGCUGCCGGCUUCGAUCCCAACGGGGCAGGCGGCGGCGGCGACCCCUUCGCGGGGGGAGGCAAUCCCUUCCACGGGUUCGGCGGUGGCCAGGGUGGCUUCGGUGGGGGCUUCAACUUCGACGACAUCUUCAGCGCAUUCACUGGACAGCAGGGACCAUUCGGCGGUCGGGGUGGCCGUGGCGGCCGAGGUGGGAACCCGUUCCAACAGGAGAUCCUGGUGGGCGACAAUGUGGAAGUGCAGGCGAGCAUUACGUUUAUGGAAGCGGCCAAGGGAACGAGCAAGACGAUCCAUCUCACACCCCAAGUACCCUGCGGGACAUGCGACGGAAGUGGCAUGAGGAGCGGUACGCAAAAGUCAGCGUGCAAGAGCUGUAACGGCACGGGUACACGUGUGCAUUUCAUGCAGGGUGGCUUCCAAAUGGCUUCGACAUGCGGCACUUGCGAGGGUACUGGCACGACGAUUCCCAAGGGCAGCGAGUGUCGCACCUGCUCGGGAGACGGUGUUGUGAGGGAGCGGAAGACGAUCACCGUGGAUAUCCCGGCUGGCAUUGAGGAUGGCAUGCGCCUGCGAGUGGACGGCGCAGGCGACGCGCCACCCACAGGGCGAUCGGCUGACCCCAACGCGAGGUCGCAACGUGGUGAUCUCUACGUCUUUGUCAAGGUCGCCAAGGACCCCAAGUUCCGCCGCGAGGGAUCCAAUAUCCUCUACACGGCCACGAUCCCCCUCACAACAGCCGUGCUCGGUGGACAGGUCUCGGUGCCGACGCUGGAUGGCUCCGUCAACGUCAGGGUUGCGACCGGCACCAACACAGGCGACAAGAUGACAAUGACUGGCAUGGGCAUGAAGAAGCUUGGCGCACGCAGGGGUGGAUCCGGUGAUCUGCGGGUGGAAUUCAAGGUCAACAUGCCAAAGUACCUGAGCGCGAACCAGAGGACGCUUUUGGAGAUGCUGGCGGAGGAGAUGGACGACAAGAGCGCCAAGAGGGUCAUGAAUGUCUCCAAGAGCGCCUCUACCGAUACGUCUGAUCCCGAGUCCCACAAGAAUGAAGGCUUCCUCAAGUCCAUCUGGCACACUCUCACCAACCAUCCCGCGCACCAGAAGUCUAGCGAAGACAGCUCCCCCUCGAGUAACAAGGAGGGCGCCGCGAAGGACGACGCCAAAAAGGACUUAAAGAACGACUCCGAAAAGAAGUCCGACUCCAGCUCCAAAUGA